UCUCGCAGGGCGGACUGUGCUUCCCAGUACUGCGCUGCAAAGGCAAAGGUGACUUUUAAAAUGAGUAUCGAUUUGAGACGCUACAUCCCGGCCAUUCUGGUAGCGCUGGCUGUGUCUUCAUCCAUCGUGCUCAUUCUCAGCCUGGUGAGGAUCCAAAAUGUUUCCUUUGCACCUAACAACAAGUACGGGAUGGUGUUCGACGCAGGCUCAUCCCACACCUCCCUGUUCGUCUACCAGUGGACAUCUGACAAAACGAAUGACACCGGAGUGGUCAGCCAGACGUUAUCCUGUAAUGUCGAAGGACCUGGCAUAUCGAGCUACGCCAGUGACCCUCCCAAAGCUGGUGUGUCCCUCCGGAGCUGUCUAGAGGAUGCCCUGAAGGUCAUUCCUGAUGAGAGACAGAGGGAGGUACCAGUUUACCUUGGAGCUACAGCAGGCAUGAGGCUGCUGAGCAUGGAAAACAAGUCAGCUGCAGACCAGGUCCUGAAUGAAGUCGCUAAGACCAUACAACAGUAUCCUGUGAAUUUCCAUGGGGCUCGGAUCAUUACAGGGGAAGAGGAAGGAGCCUAUGGCUGGAUCACCAUCAACUAUCUGCUGGACUCCUUCACCAAGUACUCUCCCAAACAACGUGACUGGAUCCAUCCUCAGUCAGCCAAGAUCCUGGGUGCACUGGACCUCGGAGGAGCAUCAACCCAAAUCAGCUUUAUCCCCAUUGGUCCAAUUACUGACCAGACAAAAGCCUCUACGUUCAGGCUCUAUGGGUUUACCUACACUAUCUACACACACAGCUAUCUCUGCUAUGGACAGAAUCAGGCGCUGAAGCAGCUAAUCCUGAAAAUAAUAGAAAACAUGGGGGUCCAGGGCUCCGUUAACCACCCCUGCUACCCUGAAGGAUACCAGGAAACUACCACAGCAGCUUCCAUUCACAGCAUGCCCUGCACGGCCUCUCAGGCACAGACCCUGUCCCAAGCCUCCUGGAAUGCCACGCUGGUGGGCACAGGGAAUGCCACCGAGUGCCGUAUGGCCAUCAAACAGAUCUUCAACUUCACGGCAUGCGGCCAGAGUCAGUCCUGCACAUUCGAUGGGAUCUACCAGCCCCUGAUCAACGGGGAGUUCUUUGCCUUCUCUGCCUUUUACUACACCUUCAGCUUCCUCAACCUGACCAGUGGGCAGCCCCUGGCCGUUGUCGAGGACACUGUCCAGAAGUUCUGUGCGAGAAACUGGACAGACUUGAAAUCCAGCUACCCCAAAGAGAAAGAUCAGUGGCUGCGAGAGUACUGUGCCAACGCCAACUACAUCCUGGUGCUUCUGCUUGAUGCCUACAAAUUCAACCAAACCAGCUGGAGCAGCAUCAAGUUCCAGAUGAAGGCAGCAAACACGGACAUCGGCUGGACCCUGGGCUACAUGCUGAACCUCACCAACAUGAUCCCGGCGGAGGCUCCGGAGCAAGUGAAAGGGCAGCAGCAUGGGCUCUGGGCCGCUGCCAUCUUCUUCAUUGUCCUGACUCUGGCUUUCUGCCUCAUCGGCUUGCUCAUAUACAUCCUGUGGUAGGAGCCAUUCAGCAGGAGCAGAUGGCCAGGGCUCCAGCACCUUGUACCCUCCACUAAUGAGAGGCCUUAGACACGCUGUUAAAUAGAGACUUGAGGGGCGGGCACCCACAGAAUAUAACUGACCCCACAGCAAGAUUUAAACUAGGCCCUAUAUCACAUGAGGAGUAGGAGCCAGUAACCCCUGAGGCUGGAGUUUUCAAGGUAUUUAGCCACCUAAAGAUGCUGAUAUGCACCUAGUGGGAUUUUUUUCAAAAGUAUUUAAGUGCCUAACUUAAAUUUUUUCACACAACUCACGGUCAACCUGUGGAACUCCUUGCCAGAGGAUAUUGUGACUGCCAAGACUA